AUGGCCUGUUUGAUCGUUCAGUCGGCUCUCAUCUCUUGCUGCUAUACCUUUGGCGGGUCGCUGCCAACGCAGGCGCCAGGCAAGGCACCCCCACAUGGCUGCGCGCGUGGGCCUCUUCCUCCCGCACGCGCUCCUCGUCCCCACGGCCCGUGCUCGCCUCCCCUAUCCUCCUCCUCCACCCAUCCCUACCUACCGCCGCCGCGCCUCCUCCUCCUUUGCCUCCCGCCCCCGCCGCGCGUCGCCGCGUCUCCUCCCAGUCCGCGCCAUGGCGUCGGGGAACCCCUACGCCGCCGAGCUGGCCGCCGCCAAGAAGGCCGUCACCCUCGCCGCCCGCCUCUGCAAGACAGUGCAACAGGACAUUGUGCAUUCUGGUGUUCAGGCCAAGGCAGACAAAAGUCCUGUCACGGUGGCUGAUUAUGGAUCUCAAAUAUUGGUCAGUCUUGCCUUAAAGAUGGAUGUAGCAUCUGGACCAUUUUCUUUGGUUGCUGAAGAGGACUCGGAAGAAUUGAGAAAAGAAGGUGCUGAAGAAAUUUUGGAAGAAAUUACUGAUCUUGUGAAUGAAACCAUCGUUGAUGAUGGUUCAUAUAACAUUUCAUUUACAAAGGAAGGUAUACUCUCUGCAAUUGAUGAUGGGAAGUCUGAGGGAGGUCCAUCUGGACGACACUGGGUGCUUGAUCCGAUUGAUGGUACUAAAGGUUUCUUGAGGGGAGACCAAUAUGCCAUUGCAUUGGCUCUGCUUGAUGAAGGUAAAGUCGUUUUGGGUGUAUUGGCUUGUCCAAAUCUUCCAUUGUCAUCAGUAAACAACCUCAAUGGUAACUCUUCGGGAGAUCAAGUCGGUGCCCUGUUUUCUGCUACAAUUGGUUGUGGGACUGAAGUGGAGUCCCUAUAUGGCUCUCCACCACAAAAGAUUAGUGUUUGCUCCAUUGACGAUCCUGUCAAUGCGUCAUUUUUUGAAUCCUAUGAAAGUGCACACUCCAUGCAUGAUUUGACUGGUUCCAUUGCGAAGAAACUUGGUGUCCAAGCUCCUCCAGUUAGAAUUGACAGCCAAGCAAAAUAUGGUGCUCUGGCCCGAGGCGAUGGUGCCAUUUACUUGCGCUUUCCGCACAAAGGUUAUAGAGAGAAAAUAUGGGACCAUGCAGCAGGCUCAAUUGUCGUGACAGAAGCUGGAGGCAUAGUAACAGAUGCCGCCGGAAAUGACUUGGAUUUCUCCAAAGGGAGAUUUCUCGAUCUCGACACAGGCAUCAUAGCAACGAACAAGAACUUGAUGCCAUCGCUCCUGAAGGCUGUCCAAGAGGCUAUUAAAGAGACGAACCAGGCUUCCUCCCUCUUGUAGCUGUUGCAGUGGUCGACAAAAAUAUUAGUUGCAAUUCUGUUUCAUUUUCAUAGUGACGAACAGGUGUGCAUCCUUUUUCUGUGGCAUUACAGUUAGUCUACUGAAUUUACAACAUCUAUCCCAUUGGUGAUAAGACAGGCACUCUUAUCACGAAUCACAGGAUAAGUUGGUUAAAUUUGCAUCAUUGUACAACAUCAAAUAAUGUAAAUGGCUGAAAGCUUUGAAUAAAUUGUGGAAUUACUCAUGUCAAUAUAGAUGAUUUGGUGUAUUAUCCCUUUAAA